CAUCUCAAAUGGCCCCGUAGGGCAACAAGGAUGGUUAGUUUUGACCCUACUUAUUUGUGCCAUAAAUCGAUCCUAAUUGACAGCUCUUUGGACUUUUAUAUCUGCCGAACCCUUUUUCUUGAGCUGUGGUCACUAAAUGAGGGGAGUCUGGCCUGGGAAGUCCCAUCCAUUCUUUCAAUUGGAUGGGGAGCGGGGAUAGUGUCUCCUGCGAUCUGAAGAAUAGGAGGGAAUGUUGACCAGGGAACACCACUGCGGCCGAUCAGAGGAGCAGGAACUGGAGCCCUGGACGAGUCCGAAAAAAGCCAGAUCUGGACGGUGGCUGCGGAACGGUUGUAAGUGGAAGAUGGAAGAGCCGGAGGAACCGGAGGAUACUAGGCAGUCACUGGUCCCGGUGUAUAUCUAUAGUCCUGAGUAUGUCAGUAUGUGUGACUCCCUGGCCAAGAUCCCCAAACGGGCCAGUAUGGUACAUUCUUUGAUUGAAGCAUAUGCACUGCAUAAGCAAAUGAGGGUAGUUAAGCCCAAAGUGGCCUCCAUGGAGGAGAUGGCCACCUUCCACACUGAUGCUUAUCUGCAGCAUCUCCAGAAGGUCAGCCAAGAGGGCGAUGAUGAUCAUCCGGACUCCAUAGAAUAUGGGCUAGGUUAUGACUGCCCAGCCACUGAAGGGAUAUUUGACUAUGCAGCAGCUGUAGGAGGAGCUACAAUCACAGCUGCCCAGUGCCUGAUUGAUGGAAUGUCCAAAAUAGCGAUUAACUGGUCUGGAGGGUGGCAUCAUGCAAAGAAAGAUGAAGCAUCUGGUUUUUGUUAUCUCAAUGAUGCUGUCCUGGGAAUAUUGCGAUUGCGACGGAAAUUUGAGCGUAUUCUCUACGUGGAUUUGGAUCUGCACCAUGGAGAUGGUGUAGAAGACGCCUUCAGUUUCACCUCCAAAGUCAUGACUGUGUCCUUGCACAAAUUCUCCCCGGGAUUUUUCCCAGGAACAGGUGAUGUGUCUGAUGUUGGCCUGGGGAAGGGACGGUACUACAGCGUAAAUGUGCCCAUUCAGGAUGGCAUACAAGAUGAAAAAUAUUACCAGAUCUGUGAAAGUGUACUAAAGGAAGUAUACCAAGCCUUUAAUCCUAAAGCAGUGGUCUUACAGCUGGGAGCUGACACAAUAGCUGGGGAUCCCAUGUGCUCCUUUAACAUGACUCCAGUGGGAAUUGGCAAGUGUCUUAAGUACGUCCUUCAAUGGCAAUUGGCAACACUCAUUUUGGGAGGAGGAGGCUAUAACCUUGCCAACACGGCUCGAUGCUGGACAUACUUGACCGGGGUCAUCCUAGGGAAAACACUAUCCUCUGAGAUCCCAGAUCAUGAGUUUUUCACAGCAUAUGGUCCUGAUUAUGUGCUGGAAAUCACACCAAGCUGCCGGCCAGACCGCAAUGAGCCCCACCGAAUCCAGCAAAUCCUCAACUACAUCAAAGGCUUACAGAUUCAACUUUCAAAAGGGUCACUUUUAUACCUCGCCAAGAUUUCUGACAGACAGAACUGCCCAAGUAUAAGCAUCGUGGUUUACAUAGAUGACAUUUUCAUGGCACUGACCAGCAACUGUGGUCUUACACAAGGUCAUUCUGGAUUCAUUUGGUGAUAGUGGUGGUGGUGGCAGCAAUGGCAGCAACAACAGCAGGAGCACCUGCCACUCUCGCAAUACUGCUGAGCAUCUGUGGCUCACUGCUUCCAACCCCCACCUUCAUCCCCGGACACAUACACGCACACUAGUGACACUGAAAUCUAAUGUAAAACCUGGAAGGCCAAUCAAGAAUAUGCCACCCUCUUGGCUUCCAGCCUGGUGACCAUGAUCCUGGGGAAGAUCACAGGAGGAGAGCUGGACCAGAGCAGACUUCUCAUGUUCACUAUGGCAGUAAGGCAGUGGGGACACCAAGCCAUACUGGGCUUACAUGAUGAAUGAUCACAAAGCAAACAUGAAACCAACACAGAACUAUUUUUAUGGCUCCUCCAAGGAAAGAAUCCCUCUACCUCACUCUUCAGCUGUUCACUGCUGGGCUCAGUGACCCUUCACUUCAGGAUCCACAGUGAUGGCUGAUGUGACUUGAAUUGUGGGUUUUCCUUUCACAGGCCCUUGAGCUCUCUGGCAGCUGUUGGCACUUCCAGAUGUUUGUGACACACCCUACCUUCAGGGCUCCACAGUUAGCAACUGUGCCUUUGGCUACAGUAAAGGUCUUUGGGGCCAUUGGGACCGUAAACCAGGGUGUGCAGAAGGAGUUGGCAGUGCUGAGACUGGCAUUACUUGCUGGCUCAAUCAGGAUGGCAUAGUUAAUGGAUUGUGCCUGCCAGGCAAUUUGUCCUGGAGAAUUUAUCUUCCAGGAAGCACCUAUAAACUAAAGGGAGCCUCUCUGACCUUCUGGUGGCGUCCAAGGCCUAAUCAUGAUAUGCCUUGAGGUGAAUAGGGGAUGUUAGCAUUUAGGGAUUUUUUGCAAGCCAGCGAGAGUAAGUAUCCAGUUCAAGUCGAAAAUCCCAGCUUCCAUUUCCCACUGGUGUUUGGGUGGGGCAAAAUAGAGCAAAUAGCUUUCAAACUCUAAAGUAUUAUACAGAUGUAAGGCGGUAUUAUUCCUCCUACCACUGCUAUUCCCAUUAUCCUGGAUUUCCCAGCCCAGAAUUUUUGUCUGAAAAAGAAAUGUGGAGAAGGCACAUUGACCAAAGAACCUCGGAGCUGUGUCUCCAAAACUGCUGGGAGGCAUUGCCCAACCCAGCAGAUAGACAACUGCCGGGGCCCAGCUCCACAAGCUGGCUGUCAGGCAAGCAGCCCACUCCUGUGAUGUCACCCCACAGUUACUUGUGCCCAUCCCUCCACAUGAAGCCAGCAGAUUUAGGCACAGGAGGGGAGAAAAAAUGAAUCAUAGGCUAUUUUAGAAAUUGCUUCGAUUCAGUUUGAGACUGCAGUAGUGCCUUGAGAGCUAAGACCAGAGCACACUAACCAUCAGGGUAAUAUCCUCUAAGUGCUGAUAUCCUGUAAAUGUCAGAAGCCUAGUGGGAUUAAUCCACAACCUCAGGUUCUAAUUCAGGUCAGAGGCAGACAAAUGGUAAUUGGCAGUUUUACUUAAUUGUCAAUAAAAGGCUCUCUGAUGACAGGAGGGAUCGACAUUCCAAGGCAAGCAAUGCAGUUGACAAUUAACAGCUAAAAAUUAAACCAACCAUCCAUAUCAGCACAUGCCCAAAGCUUCAUAGGAGCCCUUUGUACUGCAAUUAUUCCUAGGUAGAAAAUGAGGUCCUUGAACCUGGCCAUGAUAGGGCAGCAGCUGGAAAUCUUGCUCUAGCCCUGUAGCCUACCAGAUCCCUUGCCCUCCUGACAAUCUCUCAGAGGCUCGCCAUGGCCUCUCAGAUAAGGCCCUGGACUUGAUAUGGCCUCUAGCCACCUCUCCAGCUGCAUUGUCCCCGUCCCAGACCUUCACCCUAUAUCCUGACCUCAAAAACUUUGCAGUUGGCUUUAUACAUCCUGCUCUCUUCCUGCUGCCUAGAACAUUCUUCCCUCCUUUGCCCUUCAAUAAGUCACCUGCUCUGUGAAGCCUCUUGUGCCCUCUUUUUCUGCCCACAGCACUCUGUACAUACUGGAAUUGUAUCACCUUGCUGCUGUGGACUAGAAUGUGUUUGCCUCCAUAUGUGUCUUCCUCACUAGGCUUAGAACUUCUUGACAGCAAGAACUGUCUUGAUCCUCUCUGUGACCUCAGCACCCAGCACAGGGCCUAGGCCAUUGUAGACAUCGGUGAAGGCUUAGGCAAUAAAUGGACAGAAAAAUGGACCAGAUUGAGGGCAGGGGUGCACACCAUCCAAGAUUCUCAGAUACCGGAGCCUCCCAGCAGCAAAGCAGCCUGAACACUGGCUGCCCAAGAGCAAUGCCUGCAAUUAUUUUUUUCAAGAUGUGCCUCAUGUUCCUCUAUAUGAGAGACAAUCUGAGGUAACAAAGACAUUUUCAAUUUUAAUAGUCAUUUUAAUGUAUGUUUUAAAAUGUUAAUAAGCAUGUUAUCUAUUAUUAUUGUUAUUGCUGCUUAUGAUAGAUAAGGCCAAAAUGGGUAUUAAAGUUUUCUUCUUAUUUUUUUUAAUUUCUUUUUAAAAAUUAAUAGAGACGGGGACUCCCUAUGUUGCCCAGGCUGUUCUCAAACUGCUGAGCUUAAGGGAUCCUCCCACAUCAGCUUCCCAAAGUUCUGGGAUUACAGGCAUGAUCCAGUGGGCCCAACCUGAAGGUUUAAAAGUGAAUUAAUGCCCUCCCAAAAAUA